AAUGAGGGAGGAAGGGCGUGUAGAUGGAAGACAACAAUAGAAAAAAGCAACAGAAGCUGACCAUUUUUUGCAGGCACUUGGCAGAGAUUUGUCUCCUUCCCCUGCCAUUUUUCUCACUUCCAUACAUACAACACAAACACAAACACAAACCCAAGUCCCCCAUUUUUGUUUCAUACCUCAGUAUCAUCAUCAUAAUCAUCUCCUUCUUCUUCUUCUUCUCUGCUUUUGUUUCUGAAACGACAUUUAUUGCCACUUGCGUAGUAAUUUGGAGCAGAGGAAGAUAGAAGAGAACAGAAGAGUCUAAAUUUGAAGAAAGAGGAAAUGGGGGUUGGAGAAGGAGCAACCUCAAUGCUGAAAAAAGCCGCAAGGAAGGUGGUGGUUGCAGCUUGUGCCUCCUUCUCACGUAAACAAGCUCUUGUUGAUCCUCCUGUUCUUGGCAACAAUAUCUCGAAUUCAUCAGUGAUGUCUCUCAGAAAACGAGAGAAUUUCUCAGAAAACGUGGAGGAAACAGAAUCGGCCAACAACGUCACUUCCAAGAACUUGUGUGCAAUAUGCCUGGACCCUCUGAGUUACAGCACAAGUAGCAGCCCAGGGCAGGCCAUAUUCACCGCCCAGUGCUCUCACGCGUUCCACUUCAGCUGCAUCUCCUCGAAUGUCCGGCACGGGAGCGUCACUUGCCCCAUUUGCCGUGCCCACUGGACUCAGCUUCCCCGCAAUCUCAACCUGCCCUUUUCCAUUUCUUGCAGCCAAACCGACCCCAUCCUCCGAAUCCUAGAUGACUCCAUCGCCAACUUCCGCGUCCAUCGACGCUCUUUCUUGCGCUCUGCUCGCUAUGACGAUGAUGACCCGGUAGAGCCUGACCAUACAUCCAGUUAUCCCCACGUAGAGUUUUCUCUCAUGCUGGUCCCACCCUCACACCCAAGCUUCCGUCCCUGCACACACCCGUUUCAACAAGUUAGUGAGCAAAGAUCACACCAUCCUCGUGGAAUCACGUCCUCACAUCACCUGAGCAGCUCAUCCCUGUUUCUGCAUCAAUUACCAAUACCUAAACAUUUCACAUCCCCAGAUCAGACACCUUACAUGUGUACCUCACAUACGCGAAGAGCAUACCUCUCAGUGAAGCUCACGCACCAACCAGCAAUGGAUUUGGUCCUUGUGGCAAGUCCCAACGGCCCGCACCUUAGGCUCCUUAAGCAGUCCAUGGCGUUGGUGGUGUUCUCUCUCAGACCGAUCGAUCGCUUAGCCAUUGUCACCUAUUCAUCUGCAGCUGCCAGAGUUUUUCCUCUGAGGCGAAUGACCUCUUACGGAAAGCGAACGGCUUUACAAGUCAUUGAUCGCCUUUUCUACAUGGGACAGGCUGAUCCGAUCGAAGGGCUCAAGAAAGGAAUGAAGAUACUCGAAGAUCGAGUCCACAAGAACCCGCAAUCAUCUAUAUUGCAUCUGUCCGACUGUCCAAUGAGGUCCUACCAUUCUGUUAACAUUGAAAUGUCAAUACCCAUACACCGGUUUCAUGUGGGGUUAGGGUUUGGCACGUCAAACGGGUUCGCCAUGCACGAAUUCGAGGAGUUCUUGGGAAGGUUGUUGGGUGGUGUUAUCAGAGAGAUUCAACUGAGGAUCAGAGAGGAUGGCAGGAUCGUAAGGCUCGGAGAGAUGAGAAGCGGCGAAGAGAAAAGGAUCUUGUUGGAGUUGUGCGAGGAAGAACACGUGUAUGUGGAAUAUAGCUAUGUCGAGGGCGCGGGUGAUGAGUGCCUUAGGACAGGAGAGACUCUGGUGAGUCUUGAGGACAAGGGAGAGAGAAGAGAUAGUACAGAUAGUGCAGGGAGAGAUAUGAGCAUUGGUGGGAGGAAUAGCAGUGUUGAGAGUUGGGACUACCAUGACCCUUUCAUGGCUAGAAGAUGGGCCAAACAUUUGCACGGUUAUAGAAUGUGAAUUAACUAUCAUUGGUAAUAUUGUUUUGGGUAUAAAGAACAACAGUUCCAGUUA